AGCACCAGGAUCAUGUCAACAAACUUCUUAUGCAAGUCUUGAACGAGAGUGGUCAACACGCGACCAAAAGAUGAAGAGACCGGAAGGCGUGCAUCUUUCUUCAUAUCACGGUCAUGGCAGAUUCAAUACCGCAGCAACAUCGAAGCAUGUAAAACAAAAACAUGUCUUCUUCAGCACGCGUUACUUGCGUAUUCAAUCAAGCAAAUGGCGGAUCGUCCGUACGCACCGCCAUCACAACUUGUUCCGUGUCGGGUUCGAUACUAUAUAUGGGGACUACAUGUAUCGCAGCUUGACCUUGCUUUGGAGUUGUCGCCAGCUUGUCUCCUUUUCGUACUCGAUCCAAACAUACAACCAGGUCGGCUUGCUUGGAUAUGCCUCCUUUCCUAUGACAAGACUACAAACUGUUGUCAUUCGACGCCAAAGAUCUCGACCUCCUUCCAGAUAUCGGAAAUUAACAUCUUACUCAACUCUCUAGCAAUGCACCAGGAUGGCUCUGAAGAUACACAAACCACUCUCAGGAUCUUGGGUUUGUGGCUCGAAAUAGCCGGCCAGUGUACCAGCUAUAAGCACUCGUUCCGCAGCCGUAUGCGAGAUGUCAAAUCUGAUAACUUUACACUUCUGUCAUCUUAUACGACUUCCCUCCUUCCAUUAAAACGCUGAGCCUAUCGGUGUGAAAAGCUGGUAAGACUGUGAUGCUUGCGGCCAAA